AAUUUUUAAUUUGAGUAAGUCAUUUAUUAAAAUCUUAAAUAAUAAUAAUAAUAAAUGUUUAUUAUUUCAUAAAUAGCAACGUUUUCAUAUUAAGUGAAAGUUCCUCUUGCCAUCGAUGCAAAUUGGGAAUUUACAAAAUGUUUGUAACACCUAUUGUGUAAAACCUUAAAAAAAGUGUAAAGUCUUGUUUAUCUAUAUGAGUGCGUACAUAAUUUUUGCCGUCCGUCUCUUUUUAAUUCGUGAUUAUACCGGUAUAUUUGUGAUGUGUUCAUAAUUUUCUAAAGCCAGAGACAACAUCGUCAACCGCCUUCAAAUUAUUGAUGUUUUACUUUACGCCUGCGUUCGCAAAAAAACAAAAAAAAUUAAAUAAAUAAAUAAGAAAUAGAAAAAAAACAACAACCACAGCGAUUGCAAGUUCAUCAUACUUUCGUAGUCCUCUCUUCUAAGUAUUUGGCAAUAACAUCCACCUUUUCCUUUAACCUUUGUUCGUUUAUAAUGUAUCGCAUCGGACCCAUAGGACGCAAGUCCAAUCUGCAUUAUCGGGAAAAAUGUCUAAUUGGUUUGGUAUUGGCCACAUUGUGUUUGCUAUGUUUUGCCGGAAUAUUCCUCUUGCCAGAUAACUUUGGCAGUGAACGUGUCUUACGUGUAUAUAAGCAAUUUCAAAAAGCCGGCCCUGAAAUAUUCAUACCAGCACCGCCUUUAGCUAUGCACGGGUCGAAAGAUAACGAUCCUCAUUUUUUAGAUGAUCGUCAAAAGCUGGAGGCUAAAAUUAAAGAAGAAUUAGGUGAAAUUCUAGACAGACCACAACUCCAGCAGAAUCAAAUCGCGAACGACGAGUCACCCCAACAAGCCGACGAUAAUGAUCAACAACAACAGGGUGCUGCUCCUCCCCAUUUGGAUACUAAUGGCGUUGUUAUUGGCACUUCGCAGACGGCCGAUCCCACUCAUAACGAUGAUUUACCAGUUUUAGACAACAACAAUUUACCAGUGGGAAAUGUUAAUAUACAAUUACCUUUGGGUGGUCAUGCGGAUAAUGAUGCAGCCGCUGAGGAGAAACGGAUAAAAAUUAAAGAGGUAAGUUACAUAAUAACGCUUUUUAAUUAGCUUUUGAAAUAUUAUAUAUUAAAUCCUUUCAUAUUGAUAAGCUAAUAGAACGCCGAUAUAUAGUAUUAAGUAAUUAUCGAAAUAAGUUAUCUUUGCUUCUAAUGCUCAGCAGAGGCUGCUAAGUUAAAAAGCAUUCCCUUUAAUGUAUGUACAUUUUGAGGAUUAAACAAACGUACAAUUUCAAAGGCAUAUGUCAAGAAGAUUAAGAUAUGGUAGAGGUAUGACAUUAAAUGAACAUCAAAUAACAAUUGACAUAAAUAUAUGCAAAAAUAAUAAAUUAGCCGUAAUUAUAGGGCAGAAGGCAAUUAUGUUUUAAAGUAGUAUUGAAGUCUCAUCAAAAUAUCUUUCAAUUCAUCAAACUUGCAAUUCGGUAGAACAGUUGAAAAGUCAUUUAUAAAACUUACUUCUAUUCCUUCAACAAUUAAAACAUUAGCGCUCAAGAGACGCAAUAGUUAAACAGAUGAUAAAGAUAAAAUAAUCUCUUUAAAGGACUGUGUAGCGAAAAGUAAUUAAUUUCGAUUUUGCGUCGAAGCGGGCUCUGCAGUCACAACAAUAGUAUUACAAAAACUAGAACGCGGGAGCCCAGAACACAUUUCGUACGUUACUUUUCGUCAAUUUCGCAGUGCGAUUUAAUAAAGUCAAUAUGGCGACAUGUGUUUCAAAUCCUUUACAAUUGUUUUUGCCUGCAAACACCCAAACGGAUAUCUCACAGAGGCGCAAGUCUAUCAGUUUAAUCGAUCAUUGCCGAAACUUUCGUGGUGGCAGAACUUUGGAAAUUUGGAAAGAAAAACAAAUGAAAAAUCAUAAGUGGAUAGUUAUUAAGAAUUGAAGGGAAAUUAUGCGCGUAUAUAGUCUUCGAUUAACAAAUCGUUUACAAUAACUAAUAUGCUAAGCGUGAUUUGCGAUUUGCGAUUUGCGGCUAGCGAAACUCAAUUCCUUAUUAUAUGCCUAUCAGGAAAGGAAGACUUUCAUUUGCAAUAUAUCGAUAAAUGCGUAUUGCAGAUACCACAAAGAACAUAGAUGACGGACGCGCCGAGGUCAAAAAUGAUCGUAUACAGUUUCCGUGUUAUGUAUGAGAGCCGCGACUUUCCAGCUUCAAAAUAAACAGGUUAAUAAUCGCAAUUAGAGUGUCCUAUCUGAGCAUUCAAUGCACAAGCAGCAUUGGACUCAGAAGGUAUCCAAUUUGUGUACUUGAAAGGGGCAAACUAAGUCAUAAAUAUUAUAUCCAUUGCCCCCGCUCUCAUCAAGUUAGUUGAGCUUGCAGGCCAAAUAGGAAAAAGUUCAAAGACUCGGCUCAUAAAUUCCAACAAAUUGAUUUGGCAAAAUAUGUCGCAAUGAUUUUGGACAAUUAUUUGAAAGAUGUUUUGCAAAGAGUAGAGGCUCAGGUGCUGGAUAGAUCAUUACCCUUUAAUUAAUUAAAAAAAAAAAAAAAAAAAAGUAUUAAUUAUGAAAUUUGUUUUAUCCAAAGAAGAAUGAAUACAAAGUCUGCUCACAUUACGUUCGAUGUUUUGGUAGUAUGGUAAAUUGAAGCUUUCUCUGCCCUAAAGUUUGAUACAUACAACAUACUUGGUACUAAAAUGAAAUUUCUUUUUACAUUUCAUUCGACAUCGUUGCGAUUAAGCCGAAAGGCGGUUUAGGAAACAGAAAAAAAAAAAGAAAAGGAAAAGGCAGGGAAAAGCGUUAAAGAUAUAAUGUAUAAUAAAGAGAAUAAAUGGCAACUCAUCGAAAAUCAAGUUUAAAAUAAAUGAACUUGACCAUGUGUUGUUG